AAUUUCAGCACAUUCCGUCUGCAAGAACCACAAGCAAGAAGCUUCAAAUGCACUUUUUGGCGCAAACGGACGCUUCUCGCCUCAAAAGACAACUACGUGGCCACUAUGAUAUCAUUUAUAUCAUCGACUCCUCCAGCUCGAUCAGCAGGGCUGAAUUCCAGAAGGGCAUCAAAGCCAUUCAAAUGUUGAUUGACAGGGGUGCAGCAGACUCUGUACACGCAGCUAUUACAGUAGCCAAUCAGGCGCAUACUGUCUUCACAUUUACUACCAGUGAAAAAGCCAAUGAAAAACUGGAGAGACUGCAAAGAACCGGCGGAAAAACAAACAUGCAAGAGGCGUUAGAGAAAAGCUUACGACUUUUUCAAAAUCUUGGCAGCGGAGCCCGGGCCGGAAGUUUCAAACGCGUUCUGGUUGUGACUGAUGGACAGUCCAACGUGAAACCGAACAAAACCCUUUUGAAUGCCAUGGACCUGAAGCUCAACGGGGCAGAGAUCUUUGUGAUUGGAGUAGGAGAAUACUUGGAUGGAAUUUAUGAAUUGGCGCACCUAGCUAGUUCAUUGGAUGCGCAUUUAUACAGAGCUGGUGACAUGCAAGGUCUCGUUGAAGUUGUCAAACUCGUAACACCGGUCAGUUACAGACGCAGUUGGGAAUCAGAAGUCAUGAAGAUAAGGCAAGCAGUCAUACUUGGAAGGCAAUAAUGUUUAUCCAUGUCCAUUAUGAAUGAUAAAUGCGUGUGCUCAAAUCACAAUGGAAAAGGCUAUCAUUUGUUAUUUUUUGGUAAUUAGAACGUUGGUCUGUUAGUGGCCCUU